GGACUCGCCGGACCCGCGCUGCGACCCGGAAGGGCCCGAGCUGCGGCGGCCGCGAUGGGCCGGAAGGUGACGGUGGCCGCCUGCGCGCUCAACCAGUGGGCCCUGGACUUCCAGGGCAAUCUGCAGCGGAUUUUAAAGAGUAUUGAAAUUGCCAAACACAAAGGAGCAAGAUACAGGCUGGGACCAGAACUGGAAAUAUGUGGCUAUGGAUGUUGGGAUCAUUACUAUGAGUCGGACACCCUCUUGCACUCGCUCCAAGUCCUGGCUGCCCUUCUUGAAUCUCCGGUCACUCAGGAUAUCAUCUGUGAUGUGGGAAUGCCAGUGUUGCACCGGAACGUCCGCUACAACUGCAGGGUGAUAUUCCUCAAUAGGAGGAUCUUGCUCAUCAGGCCCAAAAUGGCCUUGGCCAACGAAGGCAACUACCGGGAGCUGCGCUGGUUCACCCCGUGGUCAAGGAGCCGGCAAACAGAGGAGUAUUUUCUCCCCCGGAUGAUACAGGACGUGACAAAGCAGGAAACUGUGCCCUUUGGAGACGCAGUGCUGGCCACCUGGGACACCUGCAUUGGGAGUGAGAUCUGUGAGGAGCUCUGGACACCCCACAGCCCACACGUGGACAUGGGUCUGGAUGGCGUGGAGAUCUUUACCAACGCCUCGGGCAGCCACCACGUGCUGCGCAAAGCCCACGCCAGAGUGGACCUGGUGACCAUGGCCACCACCAAGAAUGGUGGGAUCUACUUGCUGGCCAAUCAGAAGGGCUGUGAUGGGGACCGGCUCUACUAUGACGGGUGCGCCCUGAUAGCGAUGAACGGCCACAUUUUCGCACAAGGGUCUCAGUUCUCUCUGGACGACGUGGAAGUCCUCACCGCAACUUUGGAUUUGGAGGAUGUCCGAAGCUACAGGGCGGAGAUUUCAUCUAGAAACCUGGCGGCCAGCCGGGUGAGCCCCUACCCCCGAGUGAAGGUGGACUUUGCCCUCUCAUGCCGCGAGGACUUGCUGGAGCCGCCGUCUGAGCCUGUCGAGUGGAUGUACCACAGUCCGGCUGAGGAGAUCAGCCUGGGACCCGCCUGCUGGCUCUGGGACUUUUUAAGACGCAGCCGACAGGCGGGGUUUUUCUUGCCCCUGAGUGGUGGGGUGGACAGCGCAGCCACCGCCUGCCUCGUCUACUCCAUGUGCCGCCAGGUCUGCGAGGCCGUGAGGAACGGAAACCAGGAAGUGCUGGCUGAUGUCCGGGCCAUCGUGGACCAGCUCAGCUACACACCCCAGGACCCCCGAGACCUCUGCGGGCGCCUACUGACGACCUGCUACAUGGCCAGCAAGAACUCAUCCCAGGAGACAUGUGACAGAGCCAAGGAGCUGGCCCGGCAGAUCGGAAGUCACCACAUUGGUCUCAACAUCGACCCAGCGGUGACAGCCGUCAUGGGGAUCUUCAGCCUGGUGACGGGUAAGAGGCCUCUGUUCGCGGCUCACGGUGGAAGCAGCAGGGAGAACCUGGCGCUGCAGAAUGUGCAGGCUCGGCUAAGGAUGGUCCUAGCAUAUCUGUUUGCUCAGCUGAGCCUCUGGGCCCGGGGCGCUCGUGGUGGACUGCUGGUGCUGGGGUCGGCCAACGUGGACGAGAGUCUCCUGGGCUACCUGACCAAGUACGACUGCUCCAGUGCAGACAUCAACCCCAUAGGAGGGAUCAGCAAGACGGACCUCAAGGCCUUCGUCCACUUCUGCAUGGAACAGUUCCAGCUUCCUGCCCUGCAGCGCAUCCUGGCAGCACCGGCCACCGCAGAGCUGGAGCCCUUGACCUACGGACAGGUGUCCCAGACUGACGAGGAAGACAUGGGCAUGACGUAUGCGGAGCUCUCUGUCUACGGCAGGCUCCGGAAGAUCGCCAAGGCCGGGCCCUACAGCAUGUUCUGCAAGCUUGUCAACAUGUGGAAAGACGUGUGUUCCCCAAGGCAGGUGGCUGACAGAGUGAGGCAGUUUUUCUUGAAAUACGCCAUGAACAGACACAAGAUGACCACGCUCACGCCCGCCUACCACGCAGAGAGCUACAGCCCCGACGACAACAGGUUUGACCUGCGGCCGUUUCUGUACAACAGCAGCUGGCCUUGGCAGUUUCGGUGCAUAGAAGAUCAGGUUCGUCAGCUGGAGAGCAGAGGCCGUCAGGACCUGGAUGGUGUGGACUGACGCCAGCUCCUGCACUGGAGGGCCCCCCACCACCAGGGUCCCUGGUGUUACGUCGGCCUCGCCAGUAAUCUGCCCAGAGAGUGCACCAGCAUCCUGUUUCACAUCUGAUGGAAGUUCUAGUUCGUUAAAAAAGGCUCAAAUAAAGAGCAUGUGAUUUCUGG